CGUCGGCAAGGCGCUGUGACAUCGGUUGACUUUGCAGGAAAGUUCAGAAUGUCUUACUUGCAAACACGCGUCUUGUCUCACGGACAGAGAGUUUGUAAACUGUAUAAGCAAACUUUGAGGCAACUAGAAUCAUAUUAUGGAGACAAAAGAUACUGGUACAGAUAUAAUUGUGUCCUGAUGAGAGCCAGGUUUGAUGAAAACAAAGAUGUGAAAGAUUUAAGGGUGGCCAAGAAGCUUUUGGAGGAUGGCGAGAGGGAACUGUUCUUAAACCAGCAUGUCCAGCCUGUGAAAUUUCCUAAUUCGCCUGGUGGAGUGGCGUAUGGCAGAGAACCCCCUGUACCUGACUGGAUCUAUGACACAUGGGCACCCCUGGAGAAGGCACAGUACCCUGAAUAUUUUGCUCGGCGAGAGAAGAGGAAGCAGGAGUAUAUUGAGCGAUGGGAGAAGCAAUACGGCAAGCCCCAACUGGAUGGGGCCCAUUGAUGAUGGAGGAAGUGCUAUUUCUGUUUGGACAUUACUAUAAUAAUAUCCCGCUUUUUGGAAUACCGUUGUAUUUGUAAAUAGAAUCUGCACCAAUAGGAGGCUGUCUGAUUUGACAUACAGUAACAGCUGACCUGGACCCUCUGAGGUGUGUGCGCUGUAUCUCGUAGAUGUGUAGUAAAAAGUUGACUUUAAA